AUGGCUGACUUACUAUCUUCAUUAAUUCUCACACCUCUGGCUAGCAGGACGCCAUCUCCCAACGUCUCGGAUUUGACAUCGUCCCUCCUCACCUCAUAUCCGCGUCCAAAGACACCCUGGCGCAACCCGUAUUCUCCCAUUCAUGGCCACAGCCCGCUGCGAGCCGAAUACACAUUGCCUAAUGCAUGGCCAGACGAGCGCAAUGGUGAGGCAACAAGUCCCUCAAUGUAUCGCGACUCCUCCACACCACUCUCACAAGGGCCAACGUCGUCCUCAGCCAGCCACGACAGCUUGACAGCUGAGCCUUGCAAAUCGCCUGAAGUCGAGCAAGGUGAUACAGGCUAUCGAGGUCCAGCGGCCAAUCUGGUGGCCAGCAGACUACCGCAGGUAGAGGCCGAUGAGAUAGCCCAGCGUCGAACAAUUGAAGACAUCUACCGCAUACGAAAUAUUUUGAACAAGAAGCGACGUUGGGAUGAUCGCAUGGCAGUCUUGCUGGGGGAAAAGAUGUUGGCAAUUGGCAUCAAUCGACAUCUGGGGGCCACUGAGGUGGGGUUUCUAUCAGAAGAUGAACACACAAUGGGAAAAGGGACAGUUGGUACAAACGGGCACCGAAGAAUGCACGAAUUCCUGCACAGCAAGGAGAAGAAGAGGAAACGGAGUAUUGAAGACAUUGAAGAUGACGUCACGGAUGAUAGAACAUUAAAGAGGGCGCGGAAAGUGCCUUCGGGCAUAUUGGAGAUGCACAGAGAGAAGAAAGGUCGCACCGUCCCCAGCAGACGUACCGGAUGA